AAAAUGUCCGCAAGGUUCUGCAGGUUUUGUUGCCCGUCGGAAUUGCUGGUCCGACCUGCCUCGCUCAGAGGCUUAAAGGAUUGAGUACAGGUCAAUGUCAUUGUGAACCUCCCACCCUCUUGUCGAAUACUGCCUUUGUCUGUGUGUCGAGAGUCAAAUCUCGUGAGAAGGGCACCGGAAAGACGGACGAUGCGAUUGGGAUUCGUGGUCCUCAUCCACCUUGUGGCACUCUUCAGCCUCGCUCACGCAGCCGUCAUGGAUCAUGGUCGAAAAGGAUUCUUGCCGCCGAUGAACGAGCGAAGAGCGACACCAGUCAUCGAUGGUAUUGGAUGUUCGACAAACGCAGAAUGCAUGAGGAAGGGGCUCCCACUGUUGAAACCUUCCAAAAGGACAAAAGCGAAGAGAGCAGGCGCUUCAGCCACACCUCUACUGGCACCCAUCUUGGUCUAUCCAGCCGGAUCGUCAGGACCCAAUACAGGUUCUAGGAAGCGAGGCUACGGUAAACGGGGCAUCACCACUGCACCGGCCAAUAGUCUUGGAUACAUCAGCGCUCAGACACUCAACAUCGCUACGAAUGGUUGGUAUUCCAAUACUGUCACUACAUCGACGAGCGCUCUUAUGGUCAACGUGAAUCUGAAUACUGGGACUCAAAGCAUGUCAACCACUUCAAGUGCGAGUAUUCCUUACCUUUGCGCUGUCUUCUUUGGCAUCGGAACGACUCCUCAACUUGGGUACUCGUCCGCAAGUUACGCAUAUAUCUCAAAUUGCGCCAACGCCGGCAUACCUGGAUCAGUCGCUUCCAUCAACACAAAUGCGGUAGCCGCACUCGCCAAAGCGGAAACUGCCAUUUGGAAUGUCGAUUCCACGACUGGAAGACUCACAGUCUCCUGGACUAAUCCCGCUGGUAUCGGUCCUAGCACCGUGACACCUGAUUUCGUCUAUGAGGCCGGGGCUUUCCUAGCGUGUACAGGCAAUUCAACAUCGUUCAUUACCUCACAGCUGGCUGCAGUCACCAGUCUCAUCAAGCCAGUCAUUCAGGUGGUGGAGCUAUACGUUGAGCUCCCUUAGCAUUGGUUUGGUCUCCCGCGAAAAUCGAUACCUUGUUGUAUUACUACAUAGAGGACACAUAGACGUACGAGCUCUUAUAAUCUUGCGUGCAUCCUGAAUAUUGAAUGGA